UAGACUAGGUUACAAGUGUAGGCAUGUAUGUAAUGGACCACUGAACACAGACGGUGAUAGGACAGACAGGGUAUUUUCACUCCCCUGCUCGUUGCCGUGCACAGUCCGACAGCUCGGUUGUUUUCAUCAGGACGUACUUUGUGUUCAACAUUAACUGCUGUGGUAGCCGGUUGCUGUUUAUACCGAGAUGCAGUGAUGACUAUCCUCAAGGCAGCUACACUCUCGGUACUCUUCAUCAUACAGUUUGAGUCGGUUCCUUGUCAGCAGACUCAGAAUGUAAGCAGUUCAAAUCAUAGCCAGGUUCUGAUUCUUGGAGCCGGGAUAUCAGGCUUGUCGGCGGCGAAGACCCUGGUUGAAAGAAACAUCAGUAACUUCCGGAUUCUGGAAGGUUCGAAUAGAAUUGGAGGGAGAAUAAAAUCCGUCACAUUUGGUGGCCAGACUGUAGAGGAGGGAGCGAACUGGGUGAUAGGCAGAGAAGGCACCCCUCUGUGGGAUGUCGUCCAUAAGUACAACGUGUCGGGGAAAAAGUCAAAUUGGGACAGUGUUUUAAUCAGAAACUCCCGCGGAGAAGAUGUCACCGACACAGAAGGGGAGGACGCAUGGACCAAGUUAGAAUCAGCACAAGUGACCUUGUCCGAGAUCUUCAAAAGAUUUGAGGACAACAAAACGGUGGACAUGUCACUUCGAGCCUGUCUGGACAUCGGAAGAUGGUCCCCCAAAACGCCCGUGGAAAAGGUUGUAGAGAUAUUUGACUACGAUUUUGAAUAUGGAGGAACACCUGGAGUGACUUCCUGCAAUAGUGUCGGGAUAAAUGAUGAGCCUGUCAAAGAUCUGUACUAUGUUAUGGACGAAAGAGGUUUUGAGUUCAUACUUAAGACAAUUGCUAAAGAUGCAUUAUUACCCAAUGAUCAGCGAUUACACCUGAAUGAAGUCGUCACAGACAUCACCUAUAACGACACCACUGUGGUAGUGACCACCCAGAACGGCAACAUCUUCACGGCAGACGUUGUCAUAGUUACUUUCAGUAUUGGAGUCCUGAAAAGUGGUUCUGUCACCUUCAACCCUCCACUCCCAGACUGGAAGAUCGACAAUCUGUACCGAGUCAUGUCAGAAAACUAUCUUAGCGUGUAUCUCAAAUUUCCGAACACCUCAUCUAGGUUCUGGGACGACACUGAAUACAUCCUGUACGCUGAUGACAGACGGGGCGUCUUUCCAGUCUGGCAGAACCUAGAGGCUGAAGGACUGUUUCCCAAUGGAACCAAUAUUCUCCAGAUGGUGACACAAGGGGAAGAUGCGGACAGAGUGUCGGAUAUGAAUGAUACAGAAAUCACAGCUGAGGUGAUGGCCAUCCUUCGGCGUGUCUACACCAACGUUGUCGACCCGGAAGAUGUAUUCAUCACCAACUGGAAGACUAACCCGUUAUACAGGGGAUCCUUCUGCAACAUGGAGGCACCGGCUCUCAACUCUGUGAUCUUUGAAGCUAUACGAGCUCCUGUGGGCAACGUCUUCUUUGCUGGGGAAGCUUUUGACCCGAAAUUCGCCUGUUAUACAACCGGGGCUGCGAGGAGUGGAAUCUACACUGCUGAUAAGGUGGUUACGCAUCUUGCUGAUGAGGGGGUUACGCAUCUUGCUGAUGAUGGUGUUACGCAUCCCUCUUCUUGUCCAUCUGGAAUGAAACGGGCUAAUGCCAAAUCAAUCAUUGGUUUACUCUUACUGUUUGUAAUAACAAGCAUAUAGUCGGUAUAUCGAGAAGUGCAUCUGGGCGCAGUCCAAUUCCUUUAAAAUAUGCAAGUUAAUGUCUUGUGUUCUGGCAAGAUAUGAGAAAUGUCGGCUGCAUGCAAUAUAUGUUUGUAACUUGUGCUGCUUUACAGGGGACAUUAACAGGAAUUUAAACAAAUUGGACAAAGGUGUGAGGAUUUUCUCAUUUGAAAGCAUUGUUAAAGGUUCACCUGUAUGUAUAUGUAAAAACGUUUUAGGUGUUAAAUAUCCCAAACGUGAUGAUUUAUGGUGAAUGUGGCCGUUUACAACUCUAUUUAGAAGCACAGAUAAAAGCUAUCAAAUACUGGGUAAAGCUCUUGGAUAUGCCUGCAUCAAGAUUCCCAAAGAAAUGCUAUAAUAUGAUGUGUUUGUUUGACACUAACGAAAAAUGAAAUUGGAUAACGAACGUUUACUUAAUCCUCGUGGUUUUAGUUAUAUUUUUGUCACAAAAGAUUAUUUGCCCAAGAUCGUUGUAUAAUGCCAUAUCACAAAGGAGAUAAAAGAUAUGUACAUUCAGUCAUGGCUGACUGACUGAGGUUAGUUUUACGCCGCCUUUAGCAAUAUUCCAGCAACAUCACGGCGGGGGACAC